UGGAAGCGGUAAGCAGAGCCUGUAGCAUUCGCAGCUCUCUGACUCUCUCACGCCGCUGUGUAGCCCGAGCAGCGUGUGUGUGUAUAGACAACAGUGACUGGACUUGAAGAGCAAAAACCUGGCAACAGUCUGCUAAUAACUCCUUGGCUGAGCGGAUCGUCGCUACGUUGCGGCUUGUAUACGACGGUUUUAAAACAGAAAAGACUUGCCAGUACAGCGGUACAUUGUUGCCGCGUGCCUAAGUUCCGGCGAUUUCAAGGAAAUCAGAGCGUUUUGUUGCUAUAGUAGUGCUUCUUAGAAUCUUUUGGUUUUCCAUGGCGAUAUCGUGAUCAUCACAUUUCUCGUUUGCCGACAUUUGGGUUUAUGUUUCACGACGUUGUGAUCACCACCUGCCUUGACUGACAUUACGUUCAAUUCAUUUGCUGUAGGCUGUCAGCUGAUUCACGUUUUUUUUUUUCAGUAAGGAACUUUUCAAUCAGCUUGGAGCCAUAACAAAGGAUCAAUCCCAUAGAUUAAAAACAAAAGCUGCCAACGUCAUCUAAAGUGGGAGAUGGUUGGCAUGCCGGGCAAGAUGAAGAGGGUCAACGGCCUGCAGCUGCUUCUCGUUCACUUUGUCCUAAUGUCUUUUCUGGCCAUCGUUUCGUCAACUAAAGACAACUGCUAUAACGGGCCGCCAGCCGUGAUCGUUAAUCAGGACGCUGACGUUUAUUUAGGUGUGUUGUUGAACGUGCGCGAAAUGGACAUGGAUACCCCAGGUAAAUGCGGGACGGGACUUCACCGGGAGGCUAUCGAGUUGUACGAGAGCCUUAGAUGGUACCUGUCUUUCAUCAACCAGAAUUCUGGACAGGUGGCUUCACGAUUAGUCAAGGAUUCUUUUAUCCCAGGAAUCCAAUUAGGUUUGAAAAUUUUCGAUGCUUGCGGCGACGCCGAUUUGGCCGAACGCCAGCUGGGCGUCCUCUUUCCGGAGCUGUUGGAAGAAGAAGAGGCAAACAACUGCAAAGAUGGCAACGGUAGCAACGAGGAAGAGCAAGACGAGAAGCCGAUGCUCGGACUCAUCGAUUUCGUCGGCCUGGUGGAAGAAGACCCGGAAAUUGGCGAGCAACUCGCCUCGUUUAGCAUUCCGUUCAUGGCCGUCAGAUUGGACGACUUCCUUCCGGCAGACGAAGUGGCCGAGGCCCUGGUGCGGUUUUCUAAGCAGAUGUUGUGGGAUAAAGUAGCGGUCGUCUACGCCGAUGACGACUACAGCCUAGCCAUCACCAAAUCGGUGAGCCUGAAAGCGGAAGAAAUGGGCGUCUGUUUCGAAUCGUUCACUCCCGUCAGCGCCGAUGACGUCACAAUGGACGCUGCCGGUAAUUCGACAGCCGUCCUUGUCAUUUCACCGCCAGAAGACGCACAGAACGUCACUCGGAGACUUAGCCUAGCGGCAUCGGUUGGCCAUCGUGGACCUUACCAGUGGCUGUUUUCACACCCGUGGUCGGCUGAGAAGACGGACUUGUUAGCAGAACUGACCGGCCCCGCUGAAGUCUACGCCGUGGCCGUUAGUCCCAUUAUUGUGGACCAAUUCGAAAGCUAUUGGCUCCGAAGGAAAACUCCAAUCCUUCCGGCCGUGCCGGAGAAUCUUUGGUUCUUAGAGUACAUGGUCACCAUGAAGAAAUGCCAGCUGGAAUCGAUAGCGAACAUCACCACCAUCGACCCGAGUUGGUUGCUCUGUCAUAAUUUCAAUUUUGCAGAGACGUCAUUGGAGCGAGUCUUGAGAAAUACGCGCGUUCUGCCGGCAGUUCACGUCCUCAAUGUCUUUGCGUCGGCGUUCCGCAAAGCCCGCGAUUCGAAAUGCGGAUCGGAAAAUGGCUACUGUCAAUCUCUUCGUGAAUUGACGCGCAAAGAAUUCUUGGACGACGUCUUUCACACGCUCCAGUUACAGCACGCCUCGCCCGGAAAUCGAGUUCCUGCCGGAUUUGUUGGCUCUAAAAAGCCAUCCAGCAACAAGAUAUCAGACGUUAAGUUUUCGCUGAUCCGCUCGGCGGAAGGCGAUCAGAUCCGCGAGCUUUUCUCUUACCAUAAAUCGACUGGAACUCAGACGAUUGAUCGGUCGUUUCAAAUAAGACCAUCGCAAUGUCCAGUUGACGGCUGCUCUGAUUGCGUUUACUUCCAAUCGGCCGGUAGCUACCGGACAACACCUUCCACACGAAACGUCGAACCUGCUGAAGAAACCAAAGCAGUCGAGCAAUAUCUAGAAGGCGAUUUAGAACCGGAAGAAUCCAUCAUUUCGGUGAACAAAUCCAGUAGCGCUCAACAAGAUCGGGCACAUCAGAACAGAGCGGAAUUGAAGGAUGAUCAAGAAAGUGAUUCGCGGAGUAAAGUCAUCCAACAACAGCCACAGGAAUCUGAAGAACCUCAACAGGAAUUGGAAACGCAAGUCGAGCAUCGAUUGAAAAUCACAGACAUUAUAAUACCGGCCCUCUUCGCCGUCCACAAAGCCGGGCCGACUCCGUUGCAAUGCAGCGCUGAGGUGGAUCCGAACGCAAUCCAGGACGUGGAAGCUUUUCUCUGGGCAUUGGAUGUGGUUAACCGUAACACGGAUUUGUUGAAUGGAAUCGAAAUCGGAGCUGUCGUAUUCGACACCUGUUCAUCGCCAGUGAAAGCCGCCCAUCUGGUCUCUAGCGUCCUGGCCAAAGAAGGGGACCCCAUGCUGGAAGAAAUCAACAUCGAUCCUGAUCAGCUAUUGGCCGUUGUUUCGGCGACGAGUGGCGACGAGACUGAAGCGGUCACGUCCGUUUUGGCACCGAAUCUCAUCACAACCGUCAGCGCUAAGGAAAGGAGCGACACUCGGCUGACAUCUGCCUAUCAUUUGCAGGUGCCCGUGCCUAUGUCUGUCGCCGCUAGAGUUGUCAUUGACCUACUCAACUAUUCCGGAUGGACGUACGUCAGCGUCGUCUACAGCAGCCACGACGUCGAUUCGGUCACGGGCUUCCGCCACUUCCAGCAGCUGGCGGAGAAUACGCAAAUCUGCGUGGGUUUAAUCGAGAAACUCAAUCGAACUUCUCGUACUGGUCCGGUAAGAGCCAGCCGAUCGUUAGAUCGCGUUUUUGAACAACUGGCCACCAAGAUGGAUCUGGGUGGUCGAGUCGUUAUAUUGUGGACGGACGAAAUGGACACGCAGUCCAUUUUGGCCAAGAUGCACCUGCUCUCACCGGAACAGGCUGAUAAGUUUAAGCAAUUGACCUGGAUCAGCGCCAAUGGUUGGAUUACCGGAGGCAAAGUACAAAAUUUCGUCAAAGACGUCGGCAGGUGGCUAGUGGUCCGUCCUCAAGUCCAGCUCGUCAAAGAGUUUGCCGAGCAUUUUGCCCGUUUACGACCGGAAAAUAACGAACGAAACCCGUGGUACGGUGAAUACUUUGACCAAAUGGCGCAGUGUCAACAGUCAGGUGAAUGUUCUCCCGUGCCACGCAUUCAUCCAUCAACGACGACCGUCAUUCAGACGGUUUAUGUUGUCGCUUCGGGACUGGCCCGGCUAAUUCAAGACUACUGUCCUGAUCAGCAGUUGUUGAAGGCGAGCAGCGUCGAAGCGAGCGAAGAGAACGAUGGAGAUCUCUGCGCCACCAAUACCACGACGUUCCGCGAAAACUUGUUGGCUUAUUUACAGAACACGGGCACAGAUCGCCCAGGCGACGUUAACGGUGAAUUCGGCUUCACUGAUCAUGGAUACGGAGACACUCCGAUGGAGAUUGUCGAAGUGCGAGGCGGAUUUGCCGAGUUCACUUUUAUACCGAUGGCCACUUACGAUCAGGACGUUCUUCAGUUUUCAAGUGACAAAAAUAGCACUUCCGAUGUUGUCAUGGCGGAUGUUAACAACAUGGCUCACGAUGGUUUAUUGUCGCUGGUCUCUGAGUGCUCGGCCGUCAGCCAAAAAGAAGUUUGCUGGUCCAGUUGCGCAGCAAAACAACAGAAUCAAAUGCUGAUCAAGGCCAGCAAAGAUCGAAUGUACAUCAUGGGACUAUUUGACGUUCGUGAAAAGAGUCGUGAUGGACUAUACAGCUGUUCGACCAACGUCACUACCCGUGGCAUCCAGCAAACGGAGGCCUUUGUUUGGGCGUUGGAACAAGUCAACCAGAUGGCCGAUAUUCUGCCCGGUAUUCAACUGGGAGCUAUCGGACUAGAUGGCUGUGGCACGCAAGAAAAACGAUCAGCAGAAAUAGCUCGCGCUUUCAGUACGGCCGCUGUCCAAUCAGGCAUCGCAGAGAACCAAAUCCUCGGUCUUGUCGUUGGCACGCCAGACGCCGAUCCUCGCGUCCUCUUUGAAUUGCACAAUAGGCAACAAUUGCCUAUUGUUCUCUCUGUUCCGGGACUGGAAAUGCAGCAGAACUUACCUUCCGGCACAUCACCAUCUCUCAUUCAAUUGAGUCCGUCUACUCCAAUGAUGGGCAAAGUCUUGAGCGACAUACUCCAUCUGAUGAAUUGGACGUACGUUUCUUCCAUUUGCUCUAAUCAAGUUUUCCCCUACAACGCCGUCUGCGAAGAGUUCCAGAAUUUCGCCUCUAAGAACGACGUCCAAUUGGCAGUCGAUUUGGCUGUCAACGAGCAACCCCAUUUAGCUAACUACUGGGAAAAUGUGGCAUCAAUGAUCUAUUCUAAAGCGCAAAACGGGGCUCACGUUCUAGUUGCCCUUUUGCCCGAUCGUCAAAUCUUCGAUCUUCUCACCGCUAUUCGAAAAUUGCCGCCAUUGCAACUCGCAGCCGGCCAAUCUAUUAUUCUAGUGACUCUAUCUACUUCAGAUAACAAGCAGGUUAUGGAAGAAGCUAUUGCUCUCUUGUCCGGCGUUGUUCACAUCCGCAGCCGCCUACCGAUGUCCGGUAAAUUUUUCCAGGAUUACGAUCAGAUGAAAUUCAGUUUGAGCACAUCCAAUCCAUGGCUGAUGAAGUACUGGAGUCAAAUGUUCCAUUGUCGAGGAGCUACCUGUCAAAAUCGAUCGCUAAAUCAGCUGGCCAAGUCCACCCAACUGGCCGAUUCGGUUUACGAUCGCGACGAAUCCGUCUCCAACACCAUUAACGGAGUGCUGGCUAUCGCCCAGGGAUUAGAGCGCGUCCGGCAAGAAUUAUGUCCAGGUGUCAAGCAAGGAAUUUGCCCCGCCAUGGAAAAUCAAGAUGUCCGCCAACGACUUGAGCGAGCCAUUGCCGAGCACGGAUUCACGGACAUCACCGGCCGACCUAUCAAAUUUCUACGCUCGACAGGAGUCAGUCAAGAGGCAACGGUCGAGAUCCUUAAUACUCAUCACACAAAAAUGCUGGGCACCGAGCAAAUGGUUGCCGGAAGCUACAGCCUCCGGGAGGGCCUUGUAUUUAAUGCGGGGAAACUAAAAGCCCGCGACGCCAGCAACGCGUCCGUCUCCAUUUCUGCGGAGAAAAUGAUUUCUCAAUGUCUCAAUUGCGUCAAGAUCACGCCCAAACCUCAAUGGCAUCCUUCAACGUCGAUGCAAGUGCAACCGGGCACAGGCACAAAGCCUGGCUUUUCGUUGGUGGGUCUCCUUCCGUUCCACCGUCAAGGAAGUAAGCCAUUGUCUUGCGGUACGAUGCACAGCCCACGUAUUUUCCAGAAUUUGGCCGCCGUCGCUAUGGCACUCGAUCGACUCAAACAAAACCGGACGAUUCCGCCAUCGUUGCAGAUCGGUGCAAUUAUUUUCGAUUCGUGUGGUCGAGUGGAAAGAGCCCAGCAACGACUAUUGUCCUUCAUCUCGGAUGCCGGCCCGUCCACUUCGUCUCAGUCGAGCGUUAUCGGAGCGGUAACCUUAGAUGGCGAGACGGCCCACGCGAUUGCGAACGUCCUCAGCGAAGCCAACAUUCCGCAGUUUAGUGUCGACAUUGACAGCUACCGUAGCACUAAUAUCGCUCCUUUCGGUAUUGACCAGCAAAAUCAAGCAGCGGCCUUAGCGGUCGGCAGUAGCAAGGAGAAGACGUGGCAUUCGCUGGGCGGGAAUCAAAUCAUCCAAACAGUUCCGACGCCAGAAGACGAGGUUAAGGCUCUGUUCGACAUUGUCCGUGGAUUGGCAUGGAAACAUGCCAUUAUUUUCUACGACGAUAGCCAAGCCGGAUCGUCCGAUCGCGACCUUUUCCUCCAGCUCGUCCGUCAAUCAGGAAACGAAGUUUGCAUCGGUGCUCAGGUCCGCGUCAACAAGUUCGGCCAAGCUGGCGAAACAGUCAACCUUCAUUCGUUGCUGGAAGCUAUCGCAUCCGACCUUCCCGUCCUGUCCGUUGCAGUCUUGCUGCUGGACAAUCCUGCUCAAGUUCAACACGUUCUUCAAGUGCUGGACGAUGUCGGUCUCAGUAAUCGUUUCGUUGUUUUGGCUAAUCACGCUUGGGGUAACCAUCACGACAUCCUUUUCCAUCCAACGUCCGGCCGCAAAUUGGCUGGUGUCCUGACAGUGUCGAUGGAAACUUACCUCGUUCCCGGAUUCAAUCAGUUUUUGGCUGGAAUGACGUUGGAGAAUCAUUCGACAAUCCCGACCGAUUGGUUUGAAGAAUAUUUCCAACAUCACUUUGAAUGUCAUUUGCUGGGUAGCAAAGUCAGUCAACGGAUGUAUCCCAAAUCGUGCACUGGUUCUGAAUACUUUGAACUGGCCCAAAUCGAACAGGAUCCUUACGUCUACCACACGAUGGCGGCUGUUGAAACGUACGUCAAGGCACUGCACGAAUUCUUGCAAUUGUACUGUUCGGCAGGUACCGAAGCUGCUCAGUUUGGCGAUUGCGGACCCAACUCUCAGGAACGAUUCAACGCCGUCCUCAAUGAUAUGAUCAAACGGGAGCCUUACUCAACUAGACAACAGCAAAAUCCAUUAUCUCCAGGUGUGGAACAGCAACAAAAACGAAGCGGCUAUCGUGGCGUUGUCGUCUGGAACGUUCAAUAUUACUCGGAGAAAUCAGCCCAUUACGAGCGCGUCGGAUUCUGGCGUCACGGUCGAUUGGAAGUGGACCAGAGUCAGAUGAAAUUUUACGUCCCAUACGCAGCUGUUCCAUCCAUCGAAUGCCUGCAGGGAACGUGCAUGUCAGUUUGCUCCGCCCAGGCAUCGCAAAGUCAGUCAGGAUCGAGCAACAAUCGUGGAAUGCCGACACAAUCAUCAAAAUCACCUACUCCGGAGGUUCCUACAAAUUUUGCAACUGCUUGGGGUGUUGUGGCCAUCAUCUUCUGCGUUCUGGGUCUGCUCAGUUGCAUGGCGUGCGCCAGUUUCUUCAUCCGCAACAUGCCCAGACCGACACCCAACUCUGUUCUCAGUUAUUUCAUCCUGGCUGGAAUUGCUUUGCUGUACAUCACGACCAUCUUUUUCCUCAUCCAGCCGAGUGACGUCUCUUGUGGAUUGCGUCGCUUCUUCCUCGGUCUAUCCUACGCUAUCAUCUAUUCAGGACUUGUGGUCCGCACUGUUCACGCCUGGCGUCGCAUCAACCGCGGAACCAAUGUCAUGACGUCAACUUCGUUUUCUUGUUCCUCAUCGACGUCCAGAUCGUUCGAUUUGACCGACGCUACCAAACCACCUGGCCUUGUCUUUACCACUAUGACCUUAGUGGCUGUUCAGGUUAUCCUAUUGUCAGCUUGGCUGAUUUUCAAGCCGCCGGAAGCCGUCCCAUCGCCCAUGAUCCAGUUACAAAUGCAACAGUAUCAAGGCGGGGCAUUGUGGCGAUGUUCACCGGCCGAGAAUUUCGAAUCUGAGCUGGUCAUUUCUCUGAUUUUGCCCAUCAUCUUGCUCUUCACGGCCACAUUGUUUUCGUUCGUCGUCUGGCGUUCGAGUGAUGCUCCGCGCGAUAGUCGCUCCACAACAGCCUGUUGCGCCCUUUUGGCUUUCUUUACCAUCAUCUGGACUCUGGUUGCGACGCAAGCAUCAUACAAAGCACGGGAGCCUGCCAUUGUGGUGGGCAAUAUCCUGUGCGCCAAGACCAUUUUGUUGAUACUUUACGGCCGUAAAGUGUACGAGAUCUCCGUUCAUCGUCAAGAAUCACGUAAUUUGGCUGUUCUUUCGCAGUUUACCAGCAAGUGCAUGCAGCCGAGUCUUCAUAAUUUCCCGAACAAUCGAUGCGCGGGCUCAUCUGUUUACACCACCGACCUCGACAUGGACUUACCUGGAGGUCAUAACGAAUCGUUCGCUGCCAACGCAGAAGAUCCCGCCAUGGGAUUGUGUUUGGGUCUGUCCACUUCGCUGUCUCGACACAGCAGUCGGAGAGGUAGUCCACAGUCUACACGAUCAAUGUCUCGAUGCUAUGGCCAAUUAUCCAAGUCCAUCAGGCUCUUGUUGUCAUCAUCGCGAUGAUGUCUUCGAUCCUCCCAUGGUACCUUAUCCCGUCUAUCCGACUCACAGUAGGCUACACACUGGUGCUAGGAGUGUGGAUGGAGAUCAUGAUUUAUCUGACUGCGAGGGAUCACCUCCGUCUCGUUACAGAUCCUGUAGCCAGCCACCGAGCCGCCGUGGAUCGAUAGAUUAUUCCAAUCAGAGCGGACAGAAUCAACGUCCUGCUCUGAUGGUUCGCCGAGUUGGCAGCCGCCAGAUGCUCGUUCUCGGAGACGAAGCCUCCAUUCACGGUCGGGUGUCCAAGAUUUAGGGCAACAAAACAUCAUUUUUUUCAAAAAUGCGACGUGAAAAUGUCCGUGCUUCUUGGCUUUAACUUUGGAUUCUAGAUAAAAAGAUGAUAUCUUUCGGGACCAUUCCAGUAUCGUACGAUAAGACGAUGGGGCAGAAAAAAAAAAAGAAAUAAAUACCAAAAAAAAAAAUCGAUAUAAACAAAUUAAAUUUCCUGGAACAUCUGGAGCGCAGUGCGCGUGAGAUGUUGACCGUAAAAGAAAAAAAUGGUUAGUCAAACUUCAAUCCCACAGUCUUCUUAUGAUUUUUUUAUUUUUCCUUUCGCAAAAAUACAUAUAUUCAGAUUCCUUUUUUAUAUCAAAUUAUAUUAUACAUACCAUUGCUGUUGUAUCGAUCGCUCUCUGUAUAUACAUUUAUCAACAAAGAAAAGAAAAAAAAACUCAAUACAACAUGAAACACUUUCAA